GAAAAACCCCAAACACAAAUACCGAAAUUCAUUCAGUACAAAUACACGGUGACGUUUUCCACAAACGACGAAACUAGUCUCAAAACGAAAGACGUUGAAUCCCCUUUCUUUAAUUCUUUACUCUUGCAACUCAUCAAACCAAUUCCAGUCUUCAUGAUGAUCUGAUCAAUCAAACCCCCUUUCUCAAACACAAGCCCUACCACAAAAACCCUAAAUCCCCAAUUCAUUCAUUCAAUGGACAUAAUAUCCCAAUUACAGGAACAGGUAAACACCAUCGCUGCAAUCGCCUUCAACACCUUCGGAACAUUGCAGAGAGACGCACCACCAGUUCGUCUCUCCCCCAAUUACCCAGAACCCCCUUCUGCACCUGCCGCACCUACCGCCGCCGCCGGUGGUGCAGCUGCCAACGGUGCCGCUGCAAACCCUAGCACUGAAGAGUCGCCCAGUAAUAAUAUUUCGGAAACGCCGAAGCUUUUGAGUGCCGAACUUGUUAAAGCUGCUAAACAGUUUGAUGCAUUGGUAGCUGCUCUUCCGUUUUCCGAAGGAGGUGAGGAAGCUCAGCUGAAAAAAAUUGAACAACUUCAGGCUGAAAAUGAUCUUGUUGGUCAAGAACUUCAAAAGCAACUUGAGGCUGCAGAUAAGGAAUUGAAACAAGUGCAAGAAUUGUUCAAUGAAGCAGCAGAUAAUUGUCUCAACUUGAAGAAACCAGACUAAAGGCACUAAUGUAAUGGAUCAUCUUUCAUUUGUAUCAGUAUGAUAUUAAUUUUAGAAUCUAAUCAGAUCGUUGAUCGUCGUUGUUGCUCUGGGUGUUCUUCGGCUUUUUUAAGAUAUCCAUUAUAUGGUCUUUUAUUGCAUAUUUUCAAGUAUUCGUCUAUGUCUUCACUGUCGUUUUCCAAAGUUUGAUGUAUUGUUAAGGGAGAUUUUUGUAAAUGAGAAGAUUUUGGUAUUAAUAUUUGAUUUUGUA